AGAGAGAGAAGAGCACACUGUGACUUCGUUUGAACUGCACCAUUAUAAAUCAAUUGGCCUACAGUUACUUCGCGUUUCCAUUAGAUACGAGUUUUCUGUAUAGUGGUGUAUAUAUUGAAUGGAAAGCACUUCACAGAUUUGGCUGAACUUCGGAUCUCCUGUUCUCAUCUACUGACGGUUGGUCCCUCUGUUCUCAGUGGAAAGCUCGCUGCGGACUCGCGCCUGGCUUAGGGACCGCGUGAGAAUUGGUGAAACGCUCGAGAGAGAGACUUGCACCCGGUCAGGCUGAGUGAACAGGGGAGUUGUCCCGGGUCUCCCGCGCGCAUGGAGGGAGACGUAAUGGACAAGCUUGAUAGCAUGGCUGCGGUGUGUGACUUCGAUCCCAUUGCGGGAAAAAUCCCGGCAACCAAAGUGGAGAUCACAGUGUCAUGCAGGGAUCUAUUAGACAGAGACACAUUCUCCAAAUCUGAUCCAUUGGUGGUGUUGUACACUCAGGGGGUGGAAACCAAACAGUGGCGAGAGUUUGGGAGGACGGAGGUGAUUGACAAUACUCUGGAUCCAGACUUUGUCAGGAAGUACAUCUUGGACUACUUCUUUGAAGAAAAGCAGAAUCUACGCUUUGACGUAUAUGACAUUGAUUCCAAAAGUCCAGAUCUGGCAAAGCAUCCCUCCGACAUUGACGACUUCUUGGGGCAGGUGUUCUGUACCUUGGGAGAGAUUGUGGGAUCACCCGCCAGUCGACUGGAGAAACCUCUGGGUGGUAUCCUUGGGAAGAAAUGUGGCACCAUCAUCCUGUCAGCCGAGGAGUUGGGGAACUGCAGAGAAGUUGCCACCAUGCAGUUCUGUGCCCACAAGUUGGACAAGAAGGACUUCUUUGGGAAGUCAGACCCCUUUAUGGUGUUCUAUAGGAGUAAUGAAGAUGGGACGUGUACUAUUUGCCAUAAGACAGAGGUUGUGAAGAACACUUUGAACCCAGUUUGGCAGGCCAUCUCCAUCCCUGUCAGAGCACUCUGCAAUGGAGACUUCGAUAGGACAAUCAAGGCAGAGGUGUACGACUGGGACAGAGAUGGAAGCCAUGACUUCAUCGGUGAAUUCACCACCAGCUACCGAGACCUGUCCCGGGGCCAGAGCCAGUUCAAUGUGUACGAGGUGGUGAACGCCAAGAAGAAGUUCAAAAAGAAGAGAUACAUCAACUCUGGAACGGUGACUUUGCUGUCUUUCACGGUGGAGUCAGAACACACCUUCCUGGACUACAUCAAAGGAGGAACCCAGAUUCACUUCACGGUGGCCAUUGAUUUCACUGCAUCCAAUGGUAACCCGUCCCAGUCCACCUCUCUACACUACAUGAACCCGUACCAGAUGAAUGCAUACGCCAUGGCCCUGAAGGCUGUAGGAGAGAUCAUUCAGGACUAUGACAGUGAUAAGAUGUUCCCUGCUCUGGGGUUCGGAGCCAAGCUGCCCCCUGAUGGACAAGUCUCCCAUGAGUUCCCCUUGAAUGGCAACAUAGAGAACCCCUACUGCAACGGAAUGGAGGGGAUUCUAGAAGCAUACCAUCAGAGUCUAAAGACUGUACAACUCUACGGACCAACCAACUUCGCUCCAGUCGUCAACCAUGUGGCAAAGUACGCAGCGGCCGUACAAGACGGUUCUCAGUACUUUGUCCUGCUCAUCAUCACAGACGGAGUCAUAUCAGACAUGGCCCAGACCAAGGAGGCCAUUGUCAACGCUGCUAAGCUUCCCAUGUCUAUCAUCAUUGUUGGAGUCGGCCAAGCUGAGUUUGAUGCCAUGGUGGAGCUUGACGGUGAUGACAUCAGAAUCUCCUCGCGAGGGAAGCUGGCAGAGAGAGACAUUGUACAGUUUGUUCCGUUCAGAGACUACAUGGACCGGACAGGAAACCACGUGUUGAGUAUGGCCCGGCUAGCCAAGGAUGUUCUGGCUGAGAUUCCUGAACAGCUCAUCCUCUACAUGAAGAGUAGAGGCAUCAAACCCUGCCUCCUGCCUCCACUCAAUGAGGAACCAGGCCCUGAAGACCAGGACCACGCCCAGACCACCCCUGUCUGAGCCCCAGUCCUACCCCCAUCUGAGGCGCCUACCGUGGGGAAGGAGGUCGCGGUAGGAUGGGUGGUAGACUGGAUGGUGGACCCCCUCAUGGAGGGAUGCAAAACGUAAAUGUGAAAAUGCUUUCGAGACACUUUUUUUUUUCUCAUGCUGAACAAAUUGACAAGACUCCAUUUUGUUUGGAGUCGAGACUGUUUUGAGGGAAUAAGCUGAAGAUCAGGGAGUUUUCCUUUUGAGUUUCAUCUCCUGACGGGAGGGCAACGAGGGGGAGGAGAAUAGGAGAGUCACAGACGGAGGAGUAGAGAGGAGAAAGACAGAGCAGUGACGUAAACUAAUGUUAGACGUUGGCAGUCAGAGCUGUCAGUGGUGACGUAACAGGUAGCAUGUUUUAGACGAAGAGGGUGUUUUUGAGGACAUUAAUUAUUAGAGCGUGCCAGUUUGCAUCACGUUUGUGUAUAUUGAUACAUUUUAGAGUGCCGGUGUAUGUUGGACUAAGGAAUCACCUGUAUAAUGUCGUAUCUAUUGUAAGAAACUACAGCAUCUAUUCAUGUUGAGGAUAAUAUUUUUUCUUCAUAUUUUCCCAUCAUGCUUUUUUGGGGAGAGGAGGGGGAUCAAUGCUAUAAAUUAUUGUUAAUUUAUACUUUGAAGAGUACUGUAAUAUAAAGCAUGUGGUAGAUAGAAACUAUCCAACUGUUUAGGAAUAGUUGUAAAAGAUCAAGAUGAAUGCUUUUACAUUUUGGAUUGUGACAGUUACACAGAUGAUCAGAUGUUUGUAUGAUCGUUUAACUUCAUGCACCCUGUACAAGACAUACUUACCCUAUAUAUUUACAAUAGGUAUCAACAAAAUGCACUAACAGUCCAAAUAAAAAGCACAAAGGUCAUAUACAAUACAUAUACUGAUCAAGUGAAAUAUAUACCACAAUUAUAUACUAGCGACCAGCAGCUACCCCUCAAAGACAAUGGAAAGGAUUGCACAGCAACAAAAUGAAAUGUCUUCCAGUUCUAGAACCUUGUCAUGAAUGAGAAUUAAUCUAGAAUCUAGUUACUUCACAUUCUGCGUUAUUAUUGUUUACACAUCUGCUCGUGCACGACCAGAGCCACAUCUUCAAAGGCAUAGUAUUUCCAUAGUAUUAGUAUGUAGCGAUGUAUGUCGUCUAGCUAGCUGCAUUCACACAUAUAUCGGUUGGUAUAAUCCUUCUCGUAUGAUGUUGUUGAUUCUGUUUGAUUAUUUCUUUAACCCCUGCACACCGUGCCAUGGAAAUUCUUAGUGGAUAUAUAGAGCACAGAGACGGCAACAGAUGUUGAUGAAACAACUUUUGAGAAGUGUGAUGUCAACUACAUUCAUUAAUUUGUUGGAAUAGAUUUUUUUUUUUCACCGAGAAAAUCAAACAAUGAGAGAAAUACUUUCAGCCCAGCAUAAUAUAAUCAAAUCAAAUCAAAUUUGUCACGUGCUCCGAAUACAACAGGUGUACAACACUGAACACUGAAUACAACACUGAAAUGCUUACUUAUAAGCCUUUAACCAACAAUGCAGUUUUAAGAAAAAUAAGAGUUAAGAGAGUAUUUAAUAAAAUAAACUGAAGUCAAAAAAUAUAUAUAUCGGAUAAGUACUGUCGCCUAUGCCAUUUUAUACUUUAUCUUUUGCAGAUUGUAUAUUCAUUGCGUUUCUAUCAUGCUGACCACACCACUCGCAUUACGUGCGCGAGCAUUGCAAAAUAAAUGUAUGCACACAUGGUGUUCAAGCCUUGCAUCCAAAAUACUCAAACCCGUCAAUGAGCUUCUGCAUAGCCAGGCUUUAAAAAUAGAACUUGGUUCUAUUUGUGAUGCUUGAUGCGCUGCAAGUCCCGCCUCUCCCAUCUCCUCAUUGGUUUUUAGGAGCAUAUACCCAUGUGGGUGAUUGAAAGAUGAACGGAGGUCCACACUCCAGUCCAGUUGGUGGAGGUAAUGCACCUUAAAGUUGGUUGCCAACCGCCAUAUUAAGUCCAAAGAAGAACAAGAAGCCUGAAGGAGGAGAGAUUACUAGAAACAAACUAGAUUUACCCUUUUAUCUGUGGAUUAAUUGUUGGAGUAGAGGACCUUGUGCAUUUAAGGUAAAAUAACAAUCAAAUGUUUAUAUCCCAGGACAAAUUAGUUAGCAACAGCAAGCAAGCUAGCUAAAUUGCUAUGAAUGUUUAAUGCUUUUCAAACUGUCCCCAAAUUAAUAUAGUUGGUUCAAACUUCGUUUUGAUAUUUCAAACUGCGUGUCAUGAUCACGUCUGGUGUGGAUGGACAAGAUCAACAUGCGCGAUGGCGUACUCGGACAAACGCGCGUGCCCGGUCUAGUCAGCAUGUACAGUAAGGAGUCAUUUAAAUGGAGUCAAUAUAAAAAGUAACUGCAUAAAGAGCAGUUUAUACAGUGUACAAUCUAUUUUACUCACUUCAUCUGGACUACUGAUAGAGUUCAAACUUGCUGCCAGGGAUGUAUUGCCAUCUUUUAUUUAAGUUGUUGAUAUAUAUGUGACCGACUGGGGUUCAAAUCUGGGUUUCCUACACACCACAAGACUGUGUUAGCCCGCUGAGAUAAAGCAGUUAGCUCAAGUAGCCAAUGCAACUCUUCAAGUUUCGGACAAGGUUACUCAUCGUGUGUGCGUUGUUCCAAAACACAUUUUACGUUUUUGUCAUUUAGCAGACGCUCAAGAGCAAUUAGGGUUAAGUGCCUUGCUCAAGGGCACAUUGACAGCUUUUUCACCUAGUCGGCUUGGGGAUUCGAUUCCAGCGUCAUUUAGGUCUCUGCCCCAACGCUCUUAACUGCUAGGCUACCUGCCGCCCUGUUAUAUCUAGCCAUGUUUAAGUUGUUGAUGUAGUGUCAUGUUUAAGUUGUUGAUGUAGUUCCAUGUUUAAGUUGUUGAUGUAGUGUCAUGUUUAAGUUGUUGAUGUAGUUCCAUGUUUAAGUUGUUGAUGUAGUGUCAUGUUUAAGUUGUUGAUGUAGUGUCAUGUUUAAGUUGUUGAUGUAGUUCCAUGUUUAAGUUGUUGAUGUAGUGUCAUGUUUAAGUUGUUGAUGUAGUUCCAUGUUUAAGUUGUUGAUGUAGUUCCAUGUUUAAGUUGUUGAUGUAGUGUCAUGUUUAAAUUGUUGAUGUAGUUCCAUGUUUAAGUUGUUGAUGUAGUGCCAUGUUUAAGUUGUUGAUGUAGUGUCAUGUUUAAGUUGUUGAUGUAGUGUCAUGUUUAAGUUGUUGAUGUAGUUCCAUGUUUAAGUUGUUGAUGUAGUGUCAUGUUUAAGUUGUUGAUGUAGUGUCAUGUUUAAGUUGUUGAUGUAGUUCCAUGUUUAAGUUGUUGAUGUAGUUCCAUGUUUAAGUUGUUGAUGUAGUUCCAUGUUUAAGUUGUUGAUGUAGUUCCAUGUUUAAGUUGUUGAUGUAGUUCCAUGUUUAAGUUGUUGAUGUAGUGUCAUGUUUAAGUUGUUGAUGUAGUUCCAUGUUUAAGUUGUUGAUGUAGUGUCAUGUUUAAGUUGUUGAUGUAGUGCCAUCUUUAAGUUGUUGAUGUAGUGUCAUGUUUAAGUUGUUGAUGUAGUGUCAUGUUUAAGUUGUUGAUGUAGUGCCAUCUUUAAGUUGUUGAUGUAGUGUCAUGUUUAAGUUGUUGAUGUAGUGUCAUGUUUAAGUUGUUGAUGUAGUGCCAUCUUUAAGUUGUUGAUGUAGUGCCAUGUUUAAGUUGUUGAUGUAGUGUCAUGUUUAAGUUGUUGAUGUAGUGCCAUCUUUAAGUUGUUGAUGUAGUUCCAUCUUUAAGUUGUUGAUGUAGUUCCAUGUUUAAGUUGUUGAUGUAGUUCCAUGUUUAAGUUGUUGAUGUAGUUCCAUGUUUAAGUUGUUGAUGUAGUUCCAUGUUUAAGUUGUUGAUGUAGUGUCAUGUUUAAGUUGUUGAUGUAGUGUCAAGUUUAAGUUGUUGAUGUAGUGUCAUGUUUAAGUUGUUGAUGUAGUUCCAUGUUUAAGUUGUUGAUGUAGUUCCAUCUUUAAGUUGUUGAUGUAGUUCCAUGUUUAAGUUGUUGAUGUAGUUCCAUGUUUAAGUUGUUGAUGUAGUUCCAUCUUUAAGUUGUUGAUGUAGUUCCAUGUUUAAGUUGUUGAUGUAGUGUCAUGUUUAAGUUGUUGAUGUAGUGUCAUGUUUAAGUUGUUGAUGUAGUGUCAUGUUUAAGUUGUUGAUGUAGUUCCAUCUUUAAGUUGUUGAUGUAGUUCCAUCUUUAAGUUGUUGAUGUAGUUCCAUCUUUAAGUUGUUGAUGUAGUUGCAUGUUUAAGUUGUUGAUGUAGUUCCAUGUUUAAGUUGUUGAUGUAGUGUCAUGUUUAAGUUGUUGAUGUAGUUCCAUGUUUAAGUUGUUGAUGUAGUGUCAUGUUUAAGUUGUUGAUGUAGUGCCAUCUUUAAGUUGUUGAUGUAGUGUCAUGUUUAAGUUGUUGAUGUAGUGUCAUGUUUAAGUUGUUGAUGUAGUGCCAUCUUUAAGUUGUUGAUGUAGUGUCAUGUUUAAGUUGUUGAUGUAGUGUCAUGUUUAAGUUGUUGAUGUAGUGCCAUCUUUAAGUUGUUGAUGUAGUGCCAUGUUUAAGUUGUUGAUGUAGUGUCAUGUUUAAGUUGUUGAUGUAGUGCCAUCUUUAAGUUGUUGAUGUAGUUCCAUCUUUAAGUUGUUGAUGUAGUGCCAUGUUUAAGUUGUUGAUGUAGUGUCAUGUUUAAGUUGUUGAUGUAGUGCCAUCUUUAAGUUGUUGAUGUAGUUCCAUCUUUAAGUUGUUGAUGUAGUUCCAUGUUUAAGUUGUUGAUGUAGUUCCAUGUUUAAGUUGUUGAUGUAGUGUCAUGUUUAAGUUGUUGAUGUAGUGUCAUGUUUAAGUUGUUGAUGUAGUGUCAUGUUUAAGUUGUUGAUGUAGUUCCAUGUUUAAGUUGUUGAUGUAGUUCCAUGUUUAAGUUGUUGAUGUAGUGUCAUGUUUAAGUUGUUGAUGUAGUUCCAUGUUUAAGUUGUUGAUGUAGUUCCAUGUUUAAGUUGUUGAUGUAGUUCCAUGUUUAAGUUAUUGAUGUAGUGUCAUGUUUAAGUUGUUGAUGUAGUUCCAUGUUUAAGUUGUUGAUGUAGUGCCAUCUUUAAGUUGUUGAUGUAGUUCCAUGUUUAAGUUGUUGAUGUAGUUCCAUGUUUAAGUUGUUGAUGUAGUUCCAUGUUUAAGUUGUUGAUGUAGUGUCAUGUUUAAGUUGUUGAUGUAGUUCCAUCUUUAAGUUGUUGAUGUAGUUCCAUGUUUAAGUUGUUGAUGUAGUUCCAUGUUUAAGUUGUUGAUGUAGUUCCAUGUUUAAGUUGUUGAUGUAUUGUCAUAUUUAUGUUCUUGCCAUAUUGCCAUUUUGAAGGAAUAGUUUCUUGAGCAGCACUGUCUCUGUCUUUUCCGUCCCGUAGACACACCAGAAGGUUAAUAUGUCUACAUUAUUGUCUUUUCUACAGUGGAACGACGUGUUUAGUUUCUUCUUCAAUGUGUUUAAAACAAACAUGAAAUUGCCAAUAUGCCCAAUGCAGCCCUACAAUAUACAGCCCUAAGUGGUGCGUUCAGCAUGCCCAUUAUUUACUCACAGAUCACAGUAAUCCAAUAUCUCUAUCCAAAUGUGCCUAUAGUAUAGAAACUCCUGCAUAUCCUGAUUUAGAUUUCCCUUAUGUUAUUUCGUGAGCACCAGUUCCCUUCCCAUGUUUUAUUAUUGAACAUAUGAUUCCCAAUGCCUAGAAUGAUAACUGUUUCAUAUGUACAGUAUAGCCAACUGAACAAAAACAAAAAAAAUAUUUACUAAGUAUUAUCAUUGCAUCUGCAACAACAUACUUACUGUAUGUUCUUUAAAGUUUGCUAUUACACUUUCGUAUUGAAUGAGAACAAUGCACGCAUCAAAUCUAUUUUACAAAUGUAGUGACAGUAUACUGCAUGUAUGGCAAAAAAAUAGUCAACACUUGUUUACAAUUGAAUCAGAUGUAGGAUCUUAAUUUGAGCCAGUUUGCUACUGCAAUGAAAAUAAUCAUGCAGCAACAGGAAACGUGAAUUAAUAUGUGGAUUCUAAUAUACUUCUAGGGGAUGAUACAUUUUUCAUCAAGACUUCAGAAGCCUUUUUAAACCGCAAACGUUCUCCUGCAACAGGGCGAUCAAAUUAAGAUCCCACCUGUAUAUUUACAUUGCCUCAAGGUAUGAGCAAAUAUUCAUACUAAAGAAAGGAUGUUAUCUUUAUGUAAAGUUUGUUUUGAAUCUGUUCACUUAUUUGUUCUCAUUUAUUUUAGUUGUGAGGGAAGGUGAAGGUUGGUUAUAUUCCCCCCAUGUACAUAGACACUGUGAUUU